AUUUGUAAAAUGAUGAAUGUAAAUGAACUGAUUAGUUCAAUAAUUGUCAAUGUCAAAUGAUUAACACUAUGGUGGUACACAAAAGAAACACUGUUCAAAGUUUUUUUAAGACACAUGUAGUACAGUUUAGUUGUAUUUAGCUAUCAAGUAAAAAAACAUUCACAUUCAUCUUACAGCUCUGGAUGUCAUAGAGAAAUUGUAUGUGCAAUACUAAUGAUUUUAAUUGAAGUAUAAUUUGGGCCGGGGUUUCCCUUCUAUAUUUAAUCAGUGUUACUGCUCAAACUGUGUAUGAUGCCAUAAUGACAUAAAAUAUUAAACAUACCUUUCAGGAGUAAACAAAAAAACUCUGCCUGGUGUUUACUUUUGUAUUUAUACUAGUUUUGUUUUAUUCGUUUUCGGUGGUGCUUGCCGCUUAGUGUAAAACGUCACGUAUAACCAUUCCAAAGCAAUAGGUGGCGGUAGUGUGCAAUUAUAGUUUGCAACCGCCGUUAAAACAAUAACGAAGAGGUUUGUUGACCAAUCAGUUGGCGAUGUUGACCGCUUUCCUCUUCCGUACACCGGAGCCGUCGGUGUGCACAAUCUUCCCAAAGUUAGAAGAAUCGACGAACACAAGCGAGUCAUGGCUUCCCGAGCGGGACCGCGCGCGACAGGCACGGACGGCAGUGACUUUGAACACAGAGAACGAGUGGCCUCACACUACCAAAUGAGCGUGGCCCUCAAGUCCGAAAUCCGGAAACUCAACAUGGUCCACUUGCUGGUGUGGGUGCUGAUGGCAGCUCAGGUGACAGUGAGCCAGCUGAGUCUUGUGUCCCACAAAACUGUCGCCUCACCGUACCAGUGGGAGUACCCGUACCUCCUCAGCAUUAUCCCCACCAUCUUCAGCUUCAUGGCUUUGCCCCGCAACAACAUCAGCUACCUGGUCAUCUCCAUGAUCAGCGCCGGGCUGUUCUCAGUGGCGCCGCUCAUCUACGGCAGCAUGGAGAUGUUCCCCGUGGCUCAGCAGCUGUACCGACACGGCAAAGCUUACCGCUUCAUCUUCGGCUUCUCGGCGGUGACGAUUAUGUACUUGGCGAUCGUCAUUUCCGUGCAGGUGCACGGCUGGCAGAUCUACUACAGCAAGAAGCUGCUGGACCAGUGGUUCACCAGCACGCAGGAGAAGAAGAAGAAAUAAGCCGGUGGGCUUGGAGAAGAUCCAUUUGUGGCUGUCCAAAAAUAAACUGCGGCAAAAGGGAAAACUU